UGCAGGGCGAGCCUGGUGAACUUGCGGUGCCCUGUGGGGGAAGCUGGCACCGGCCGGAUGAUGGGGGUGCCCCCCUGCAGAGCCCCCCUGCUCCUGCUGCCUGCGCUCGCCGGCUGGGCGAGGGGCCGGGGUGCCCCACUGAGCACAGGGGCCCUGACUGGCCCCUCCCGGCGGCACUACAAGAAGGAGACGCUCCCUGCCUCCGAGGGCCCCAUCCCGCCCGUGACCGUCACUGAGAUCCGCCAGUACCUGCGAGCCCAGGGCAUCCCCUUCCACGACGGCUACAGCUGCCUGCACGCGCCCAGCCUCUUUGUGGAGGGGCCGGGGGAGCAGAAGCCCCCCGCCGGUAGCGCCCGCUACAGCCUCUUCAUCGACAAGACCACGGGCAGCUUUGUGUGCACUGCCACCCUGGCCGAGGGCACUUGGCAGGACUUCCAGGCUAGCGUGGAGCUGAAGCACAAAGGAGUCCCUCAGGCUGGCCUGCAGCAGCUUGACGGGGCGGACCAGGCUGGCGAGGACGCCCGCCAUAUCUGGGACCGGGCACUGCCACUCUGGGAGCUGCUGGACGAGGAGGAGACUCAGACGGCCAAGGCCAUGUUCGGCAUCUCCAAGGUGUCCGACGCCACCCUGAAACGCUUCGGGGUGCGCUACCUGAGGACUGCCCGCACCCUGGUCUUCCCCUGGUUCAGCCCCCGUGGCACCGGCUUGAAGGGCCUGAAGCUGCUGGGGGCCGAGUGCCAGGGGGACACGGUACUUUACGUGGAGAACACUCUGCCCCGGCCAAGCGCCUAUUACAACCUCUUCGGCCUGCCCCUGAUCGGCCGCAGAGACACAGAGGUGGUGCUGACAGGCCGGGAGCUGGACACCCUGGCACUGUACCAGGCUACUGGUUUGCCCAGCUUGUCCCUACCCCGUGGGGCUACCUGCCUGCCCCCGGCCCUGCUUCCCUAUCUAGAGCAGUUCAAGCGCAUCACCCUGUGGCUAGGUGAAGACCUCCGCUCUUGGGAGGCCGCCAAGCUCUUUGCCCGCAAACUGAAUCCCAAACGCUGCUCCCUGGUGCGACCCGGUGACCAGCAGCCCCGUCCACUGGAGGCUUUCACCCGCGGCAUGAACCUCUCCAAGAUCCUCCGCUCCGCCCUGCCUGCCGGGCACAAGUCCAUCAUCUCCUUCCGCCAGCUGCGAGACGAGGUCUUCGGGGAGCUGUCCAACGUGGAGCAAGUGGCCGGGGUCAAGUGGGCCCGCUUCCCUGAGCUCAACAAACUCCUCAAGGGCCACCGCAAAGGGGAGCUCACCGUCUUCACAGGCCCAACGGGCAGUGGGAAGACGACCUUUAUCAGCGAGUACGCCCUGGACCUCUGCAUGCAGGGGGUGAACACCCUGUGGGGAAGCUUUGAGAUUAACAACGUGCGCCUGGCCAAGAUCAUGCUGACCCAGUUUGCGGUGAGGCGGCUGGAGGAGCAGCUGGACCAGUUUGACGAGUGGGCAGACAAGUUCGAGGACCUGCCGCUCUACUUCAUGACCUUCCACGGGCACCAGAGCAUCAAGACGGUGAUAGAGACCAUGAUGCACGCGGUGUACAUGUAUGAUAUCAGCCACGUGGUCAUUGACAAUCUCCAGUUCAUGAUGGGGCAGGAGCAGCUCACUGUGGACAGACUUGCCGUCCAAGACUACAUCGUGGGCGCCUUCCGGAAGUUUGCCACGGACAACAGUUGUCACGUGAGCCUGGUCAUCCACCCUCGGAAGGAGGACGAAGAGCGAGAGCUUCAGACGGCCUCUAUAUUUGGGUCUGCGAAGGCCAGCCAGGAGGCCGACAACGUGCUGAUCCUCCAGGACAGGAAGCUGGUGACGGGGCCAGGGAAGCGAUACCUGCAGGUGUCAAAGAACCGCUUUGAUGGGGACGUGGGGGUCUUUCCCCUGGAGUUCAGCAAAUCCUCCCUCACCUUCUCCACCCCCGUCAAGGGGAAGACCCGGCUGAAGAAGGUGAAAGAUGACAAUGGAGUGCCGCCGAAGCAGGCUCCAGCUGGGGGCAGCGGGGCCUCUAAGAAGCAGUGACCCAGCCCGUGGAAUGGGCUGCUCUGGUGCAAUCCCUUCCCCGGGGCACUCGGCCAGCGUGCACACCAGCCCUGAGGGGAAGGGGCUGGGGCAGAGGAGAUGGGGACGCAGCACAGCCAAUCUCCAUCGGAGACUCUCAAAGCCAAGGAGUGUUCCCUGUGCUGCUGCCAAGGUUUGCUGCAGCUCCUCGCCCCUCUGUGGGGGACCUCGGGCGCGUUGCGUUUGGGGAGGAGGAAUCGCACCCUCUGCGUUACAGUCAGACGAUAAGCUAUAAAUGGGCUCUUGGCUUAGAGCCUGCCGGGGGCCCACGACACCCUGGCUGACGGAAGGCAAGAUGGAUACAGGCUGGCGCACAGGGGGAGUCCUGUGUUUUAUGACCCUGUCCGUUCGCUUAGCACAGGUCCCCGUUGGUUUGUCCCUGGGGAGCCGUAUGUCCGGACGCUGGGGUGCCGAGUCGGUGGAGCCUUCGGGCUGGAUGUCCGUUUGUCAGACCCUCUCUCCUUGCUCCCGUCCCUUUAGUAUUUCAGCCAAUGUGGGUAAAUCCUGACCCCAGACCCUGGCACCGAGCAGGACACGGCGUGGGUCACAAGCCAGUGUGAGUUUGACAGGGGCUUCUCCACUCGGUCCCUACUGCACUUCUGGUCUGUGUCAUAAAACUGCUGCUGAAUUAGCUCCGCUUGUCUCAGGAGACCUCCCUCCCUUCCCUCCAGGACCGGGAUGGUGGGUUCUGCAGGCCAGCCUGGAAGGGCACCAGCAGAACUGGGCAGGUCCUGGGGCUGGGAUAGCAGUGGCUGUGGGUUGGGAUUGAGGAGCACUGGCAGAGCUCUGCAGGGCUGGGCUAGCAGGGGGCUGCGGGUCGGGAGUGAGGGGCACCGGCAGAGCUGUGGGGGGGGCUGUAUGUGAUGAAUGAGGUGCAUAGCCAAAGCUGUGGGUUGAGGGAUACCCAACUCCAGCCCACACUGUCCCAUGAAUCCCUCACUUCCACAAGCCCUGGGAGAAGGCAGGAGGGGAAGGGGGGUGCCCAGUGACUUGGGGGCUCAUGGCAGAGAAGCAGAAGUGACACAGUUGAUGGCACUUGUUCCUGCCUGGUGCCCUUAAGGCAGAUUGUGGGGUAAUCACCAGUCGUGCUUCGGUAGCUUGAGUGGAGAUUGUAAGGUCCCUGAAUGGCAGGUCAGGAGUCGGGGCGCCCUACCAUCGUGACACCAGCGUCAUACAGUUGUCACAUCUGGAGCCUGUGGGCUUUGCGUACACAAUUAUUUUAAAAUAGCAAUAGGCCCAAACCAGCAAUGUGCCGAGAGCCCUUCGUUGCCAUCGACCGCUUCUGAGAUCACGUGGCUGGACCCCUUGUUACAGGAUUCUCUCGGAUUCGAAUUGCCCCACAAUCUGGGGGAGAACAGGCCUGUGUGAAUGCACCAGCAAUAAAAUCCCAGCUGUUCAGCUCUGCCCUUGCCCUGCAGCAGGCCACGCUGUAGUGACCUCUGCUCCGCUCAGCUGGGCUUGGAUUCCAGCCCUCACUGCCCCAGCAGCGCUGGGUUUCUUUGAAGGUCAAAUGCUGCUUGUGUCUGAGGCGGGGCAUUGUGAAGGAAAUGGAGCCCUCCAGUGCAUGGGAUGGGGGGAUUUCUGAGAGGGUUUUAUAGCCGUGGUCCCAAAAGACAUUUCAGAGGACAGUUUGGAUUUAUUCCCUCCUUCCCCAGGGUUUGGAACCCAGACAUUGCAGCCUCGUGCUGGUGCGUGGGAACUGGACCCUGAAUCUGACUUCACUCUCAGCUGACUGGAGCUCAGAAGGCAAAGGGAGUUCAUCAUGCAAAGUGAAUUAGGGUUUUAUAAAUCCCUCUGGCUAGGCCUGCCGUGCUGGCUGGUCUCUAAUGUGACCGUGAUUAUGAAAUGGUUUGCAGAGUUCUCCAUGUAUGGCCGUCUGCAAUCCCCUGUGUGCGUAGGAAGGCAGACUCGGGGGGGGAAGUAGUUUUCAGUGUCGAAUGCUGAAUACUGUGAUUUGGGGUCCCAUUGCACUGGGAGGGAAAAACCUCCACAGUGAUUGGCUCUCUGCAAUAAUUUUGUACACGUGAGGGUGUGAAAAAGAUCAUGUUGAUCAGAUAUUUUGUCUACAGCUUGUCAUUUGAUUAAAAACAAAGGUGGCUUUUC